GAAAGUUUUUUUUUUUUUUUUCGUCCUGAUUCCGCACAAAACUGCAAUAAGUUGGCUGACAGCCAUGUCCAGCGGCUGUAAGCUGAAGCCCAGGUGCUUUGGGAGCGACAUCCACAGACUGCUGCUGGCUGCUGAAGCUGGUCAGAAGGCUGACAUCCUGACCUACUCCUCAGGUCAUCUGGGGCCCCGCAGCCUGAACCAGAGUCAGCCUCACAGGGAGAAAAAGCAGCCUUUCUGGAGGGCGUCUCAUAGCCAAGAAGAAACCCCAAAGCCUCUGACACUCCAGCAGACACAGACAAAGGCACUGACCUAUGUAAAGAGGAAAGAAAUGAAAGAGUCUCCCUCUGAGUUCUCCACUGGCGCGGCUUUAUUAGAGUCUGAAGGCUUGAGGUCAAGACCAGAUCAGGCUACUGAUCGCUCAUCACAUGCAGACAGGAGAGAAGAUAUAUGUCUACCUAAGAUAAUUCAUUGUUCCUCAAACUCUUUGCCUGUCCAAGCGAAAGCCUUUUCCCAGAAAAAGUCUAGCUCUUCAUCUGAUCCAAAGGGGAAACAGCAAUUUAGCCCGAGCCGCUCUGACCAGGAAGGCCUGAAUAAUGAAGGCCAGAUAAAGACCAAACAACGGUUUGGCAGGCAAGUCAUAGCCAAGCAGGACGUCUGGGGUGGAAUAAAUGUUGCUGAAAUGCAUGAGAGGAAAUUACAAAAGGAGCUGAAGAAGUUGUCAGUGCAAAGCUGGCCCACCAGAGACCGCCUUGUGGUGUUCAGUGACGUCUUUGAUGAUGUAUGUGAAGGCUCGCCAGUAUUUGGACGCAUCCUGAGGGAAAUUAAGACCGAUUACGAUUUGUAUGUCAACCACAUGAUGGCUUCCCAGUCAUCCCUACAUGAAAUGCCAAAUACUUCUCUCAGAGAUCUUGGCAGCAGCAAAGUAAGGGAAAUGGAGUUGGAGGAUGCUGAACAAGAGGUCUGCAGGUUGGAGCAGGAGGCCAGAAGAGCUCUGGAGGAGAAUAAACUAGUCCGAAAUCAAUUACAGAAUGUUCCAGCUAUCAUAGGCCCAGAGGACAGUGACAUGAAGAGUACAUCUCUGUCAGGGCUGCAGGACAGUGGGACUGCCAUCGGCUGCACCGGCUGUCUCCAGUCCAAGAGGCUUCAGGUGUUGAACAUGUGGAGGGAGAUCCGACAGCUGGAGGAAGAGAUUAAGGAGAAGCUUGUGUCCACUGCUACAACCACAAGCACAGAAAGGCACAUCAAAGACAUAAAGACAGAGAUAAUGAGACUGAUAGCCACAAAUGACCGUCUGAAGACCACAAACAAGGCAUGGGAGUUUGACCUCUUUCCUACCAUAUCAUCAUGUUACAGAUUUUAA